GGAUCGAAGUCUAUCCCUUUCAACCCAAACCCUCAAAAGACAAGGAAACCCCACCUCACUCGGCUGCCAAGAUCCCCUUCCCAUGGCCUCCCACCAGCACCACCAGCACCACCACUGCCCGCCGCCCGCCGCCGCCGCCACCUCCUAUUGUUGCUGCCACUACUCCACUUACUACACCCCUCCUCCACCACCAGACCCACAUCUCCACUCCCCACCCUCUCAUUUCCACCACCACCCCCCUCCACCACAACCCCACCACCACUCUCCCCACCUCAACCCACUUCACGAUCCCUUCCCCCACCACAACCCUCACCAGACCCCACAUCACCCACCACAGCAAACCCACCGAGACUUUCAACCCACCGUCUCUUCCCUCCUCCGCCGCAUCGCCACCCUCGAAUCCUCCCUCCUCCGCCGCCAGUACUCUUUUAACUCGAACCCACCGUCUUCUCGUUCCCUCCGCGACGCCGCCGCACGUACCAUCCAAACCCACUUCAGAGCGUUCCUUGUUCGCAGAUCCCGAACACUACGGCAGCUCAAAGACCUCGCCGCCGUCAAAUCAGCUCUCAACGCCCUCAAAACGUCGUUAAAUCAGGACACCCAGUUUGAUUCUCAGGCGAUCUCUCGCCGCGCCGCGAACUUGCUCCUCAAACUGGACUCUAUCCAGGGUGGUGAUCCGAUGAUUAGGGAUGGGAAAAGAUCAAUUAUCAGAGAGAUUAUUCGAUUUAUGGAGUUAAUUGACGAGGUAGCGGUCAAAAGAUGUGAAAUUUCGAGUCUAGCAUUGAAGAAUACAAGAUACAGAAGGACUGGUGGUAACAAGAUUAGGGUUAUGUAUGCUGAUGAGAGAGUUUUGGGGGAGAAAAAAUCGGGCGGCCGCGUUGAGAAAAUUCAUGGGUUUUCUGUGGAUUCCGAUUAUGAUCGUGAUGAUGAAGAAGGCAUCGAGGUUGAAAACCCUAGAAUUCCUGUCAAUGGUAAGGCUGGUUAUUCCCACAAUAGAAAUGGGGGGUUUGUGAAGACCCCAGCCAAAGUUAAGAAAAGUGUGAGCUUUGCGGAAAAUGGGAAUGUUUACAAUGUUUUUACAACUACCCGUGAACCAAUUUCAACGGGAGAUACUAAUAGCAGUGACGGGAGUGAUUCAGCUGAUAAUGAGAUAGAGAUUUUGGACAAUCUCUGUAGAGGGGUUGAGGAAAUUAGGGUUUUACCCAAGGGGAAUGAGGCUGAUGAAGAAGUGAAUUCGGAGGAUGGAGGGUCCCCUCAAAGUAGUGAUGGCGGAAGAAACCCUAGAAGGAAUUUGAGAGAUGAAGAUAGCUAUGAAGUUAUUGGACACUAUCAGGGCGAAAAUGAGGAGUUCACAUUUUCUACUCCCCAUCCUGUGAAGAUGGAAUCUAGAGCUGAUUUGAUGAAGAACAGGAAGUCUCUUAAAAUAGUUGAAUAAUUGAUGGGGGAAAAAAUCCUAGAAGGAAUUUGAGAGCGGGAGACAUAUAUGGGAUGAGUGGACACUAUCGGUACGAAAAUGAGGAUUUUUUUCGUUUUGCGCUCUGAAGCAUGUGAUACAUAGCGUUUAGACUGGGAGGAUCUCCUCCAGUUUUUAUGGACUAGUUCAGAUCAUUUGAGUCUAGUGGGCCGGGACCAAAGUGUUUUCUCUGCAAUGAACCAAACUGGUCCAAAGAAUUGGAGGGUAUCAUCGGUCUUCACAGGUGUUUGGUUUCGACUAAUGCAAACCUUUUCUGCGGCUGUUGGGUUUGAAAAGUAAGUUGUUCUGUUACGCAAUUUGUGUUCCGAAUUGUUUCUUUUGCAAAUCUUGUACUAACUUGUAACCUUUCCACGAAAGGUUUGUUUGUGUGAUUGAUGGGUGACCUGUUCCUUUAGGGUGGGUUUUGAUGUCAUUUGAAUCUUGGAUAUCUGCAGUUCCAAUGUUUUUCCCACUUUUCCCCCUUCA